AACAACAACAAAAAGGCUACCAAAAAAACUAAUUACAUAAAAAAAACUACCAAUACAUGCUGUAGAUUUUGCAUUUCACGUUUCCUGUCCGCUCGACUCCGCUUCCACGACGGGGCUAUGCUGUGUGAUGCUGUGUUAGAUAAGUGCUGGCCCCUCACGUUGGAUAUGUAUAGAUUGGUGAUUAGACAACGAUUUCGCGCAGUCUAUCACCGAAGAAAGCUCGAAUAGCUCUCCAAACACGCACUCGCGGGCCAGGAAGCGAAUCCUUCGGCGACAAGGUAAACCAGCAGCAGUGUGGCGUAGUGGCGAAUCAUUGUCGCCUGCCGAACAAAACCCACCACACUAUUACCGUGAGCAUCCUGUCGCGCUGAGCGUGGAGCGAGAAAGUUGUUGUGCGCAUACGUCCCCCUCCCCACGAACGGGUGGCAACUUGUUUUUUUUUUUUAAUUUUGUCGCGGCUUCAGUGACGAAGCAACCAACAACAUUCACUAUCGCUAAACAGAGCAUACGCGUGUGGACAACAUGCCAUUCCAUAAGUACAUUUUUACCCCGAGACUGCUGAAGGAGUACGAUGGAUCGCGGGACAACUACGAGCCGGGAACGUUGGAGAAAUAUGGAGACCAGCUCCUGACAGCUUUAAAUCUGAUGUGGAGCUUCAGCUACUACACCUCCCCCAUCCUGGUGUCGAUCCUGUAUCGGCGCGGUUACUUUGUCGCCGAAUCGGUCGGCCCUUUUGCCAAGGUAACGACCGGCCUGGGACUGCUGGUGGCCAUGUCGCUCUGUAUGCGCGGUCUCGGCCGUUCGAUGAACACGGUAUACGUGCGGUUUGCGGAAACACUCGAGAAUGCACGACGCAGUAGCGACCGGUGCGGGGCUCCGAAGGCGGCCCUCCGCCGCUACGACUUUGAUUUCGAGCAGUGGCCCGUCGACUACACCGUAAAGGGUGGAAGUCGCAAAACGGUUGCCCAGCGGAACAAGAACUUCUGGAUCUCGUCGCUGCCGUGCCAGAUUGCGGCGUACGUUGCCAUUCAUACGUUUGGCAUUCGGAUGAUUUAUCCCGGCUCGGUACGGCUGCUGCAAAGUUACGUCGAGCCCAUGCUGAUCGAAGGCCGCACGAAGCUGGUGACACAAUGCAAUGGGCAGCGGAACAAGGUAAAAACGGCGGACGGAAACGAAAUCGACACGAUCGUGGUGGACAACCGGAACAAGAGCGCAAAUGGUAAAACGCUCGUCAUCUGCUCGGAAGGCAAUGCGAGCUUCUACGAGAUUGGCAUCAUGUCGACGCCGCUAGAUUUGAAGUAUUCCGUGCUCGGCUGGAACCAUCCCGGAUUCGCCGGCAGUAGUGGACGCCCGUACCCAGACCAGGAUCAGAACGCGAUCGACGCUGUGCUGCAGUUUGCUAUCCGCGAGCUUGGCUUCAAGCCGGAAAACAUCAUCCUGUACGGUUGGAGCAUCGGGGGCUACUCGACGCUGUAUGCCGCCAGCCAGUACCCGGAGGUGAAGGGCGUCGUUCUGGAUGCGACGUUCGACGAUGUGCUGCAGCUAGCGUUGCCCCGCAUGCCGGAACAGAUCUCCAACAUUGUCAAGAUCGCCGUGCGGGAUUAUGUGAAUCUGAACAACACAGAGCUGAUCGUCCGCUACAAUGGGCCGGUGUUGCUGAUCAGACGCACGGAGGAUGAAAUUAUUUGCUCAGAAGAUGCCAACCUUGGUACAAAUAGGGGAAAUUUCCUGCUCAUUAGUAUGCUUAAGUAUCGAUUCCCAAACAUUCUCAAGCCGGAACAGGAAACCUAUGCGAAGGAACUGCUAUCGAAACCGGUCGAUUUCAUCAAGGAUGUACCGGAACAGUAUUGCAUGUCACUGCUCAUGUCCUACCUUAACGACAACGGUAACAAUGGAACGAGCCGGAGCUAUCCGAUCGAAAUCGGUGCCGAAUAUACGACGGAGCAGCGCAACUCUAUGGUCAAAUUCUUGAUUAAAAAGUACUUGGCAGACUUUAAAUCGACCCACUGCACACCGCUGCCGGAAGAAUUCUUCCAAACGCCGUGGGAAAUUCCAACCGAAACAGACUACGUUUUUACAUAAGGUGCGGAACACUUUCUGCUAUUAUUGUGGUUUUGGUCGGUUGAGGUAAGAUGUGGCUGUUUUAUUUCGUUUCGUGGGUGUGUGUGUUUGUUUCCUCUUCGUUUUCAGACAAAAGCAGUACAGUUUUCUGUAUUUGGUGGGUUUUCUAGAUAUUACAAUUGGUCAGCUUAUCUAUGCGCACCUUCACACCUCCCGUUUGUGGAUGGCUUUCUUCUCUCGUGUUAAGAGUCUUUUUUGCCAAAAUGACUUUAAACACUUUCUUAAAAUGCGUGUAAUGCUCUGUAACUGAAUCAAACGUUCUCGAUUCUGUCCCUGAUUAGGGUAAAACUUUCCAGCACAGUUAGGUGAAAGUUGUCCAAUAUUUAUAAACACAAAUAAAUAAUAUUUGCCGCAGAGAGAUCGAACGGUGUGCAAUCAGAGAAAGGCCGACAUAACUCCCAAUUUGUGGAUUAUUUUGCAUUGCGCUUGCGAAGGGAGCUAGAAAGCCAAAUAUCUAAAUGGCUACCACAAAUGUACUAAAACAAUUCCAGAUAUUUACCCCCGAGAAACUGAAAGGGAACUGAUAAAAAGCGAGAGAUUAGGCGGAUGUAAAGGAUGGGUUGAAAAGAAAGCUGCAACAUUCUUAUAUGAUAUGAUCUUCUCACUUACUGUUUGAUGCAUGGGAGUUUGGGACAGGUAGGAAGGCAAAACGAGGCAAGCAUGACCUUUGCGCGUGUGUACCACCAUCGCCCUUUAAAGGUAGAUGGCAGUUUUCAACGACAAAACAAACAAAAAACCAAAUAACCAGGAUACUAUUUUCCUGCGCCCAAACUAAGCAGUGAACAGAUCUUAACUAUAUUUUACCCGGAGGGUAUAUAAUUCUGGCUAAAAUCGAAAUACGGCUGGGGCUGGUGGAUACAAAAUAAAACC